AUGGUUUUUGAUUUGGAAAAAAUUGUUAGACCAAAAAUAUAUAACUUGGAACCUUACCGUUGUGCUAGAGAUGAUUUCACAGAGGGUAUAUUGCUAGACGCCAACGAAAAUCCUCAUGGACCCACCCAAAAUGAAUUGAUUAAAAGCAAUUUACACCGUUAUCCAGAUCCUCAUCAAUUGGAAUUUAAAACAGCAAUGACCAAAUACAGAAACAAAACCAGUAGUUAUUCCAAUGACCCGGCCGUAAAACCUCUAACUGCUGAUAAUUUGUGUUUAGGAGUGGGUUCCGAUGAAAGCAUUGAUGCAAUUAUUAGGGCCUGUUGUGUUCCGGGAAAGGAAAAAAUCUUGGUUCUGCCACCGACGUAUUCUAUGUACUCUGUUUGUGCAAAUAUCAAUGAUAUAGAAGUUGUUCAAUGCCCUUUGGUUGUUUCUGACAAUUCCUUCCAAAUGAAUGUCGAAGGUGUGCUAACCAUCUUAGAAAAUGAUCCAUUGAUUAAGUUAGUAUUUGCUACUUCACCAGGUAAUCCAACUGGGGCCAAGAUUAAGACAAGUUUGAUUGAACAAGUCUUACAAAAUUGGCAAAAUGGGUUAGUCAUUGUUGAUGAGGCUUAUAUAGAUUUCUGCGGUGGGUCUACUGCACCACUAGUCACCAAGUACCCAAACUUAGUAACUCUACAAACACUAUCCAAAUCGUUUGGUCUAGCCGGCAUUAGAUUGGGUAUGACAUAUGCUUCAAAGGAUUUAGCCAAGAUUUUGAAUGCAAUGAAGGCACCUUACAAUAUCUCUUCUCUGGCUUCUGAAUAUGCUUUAAAAGCCGUUCAGGACCAUAAUCUAACAAAAAUGGAAGACACCGCCAGAUCGAUUAACGAAGAGAAGAUGCGUCUCUUAAAAGCGUUAACUGCUUUGGAAUAUGUCGAUGACCAAUACGUGGGUGGGUUGGAUGCAAAUUUCAUCCUACUACGAAUCAACGGUGGUGACAACACUUUAGCAAAGAAACUAUACUAUCAAUUGGCCACUCAGUCGGGCGUUGUUGUUAGAUUUAGGGGUAAUGAAUUGGGCUGUACUGGAUGUCUAAGAAUCACCGUUGGUACCCAUGAUGAAAAUACACAAUUAAUAAACAGUUUUAAAGAGACUCUGUAUAAGUUGGCCAACAACAAUUAG